AUGGCUUGUGCAGUCCCCAGUAGUAGCAGGAUUCGGCUUUUCAGAUUCGAGCACGGUUUGAGCAAACGGCCAGGCUUCUUUGUGCACGAGUCGCGUCGUUCAGCGUCUCAGUCGAAUCCAUGCCCCAACCACAAAACAGGUGAUCCAAUAACCUCCCAACUUGGUGACGAUCGUCCAGUCCAGCUGGCUCUGCCGUUCUUUACGAUGAGCUGA